CCGCUGUCGAGCUGUCAAAGACAAACUGUCAACAACACACUUAUUGUUUCACUCAUCUCUUCAGUCUGUGUCCCAGGAUUAUCUCUGGCGUGAUGGAGCUAGCAUGGAGUGGUUUGCACUCCCCUUGACAUGUGGAGCGACGCAGGAUCCCACCACCUCGCAUCUCAUUUCCAGCAGCACGGCCGAUCACAGCUGUCAUGGCCUCCAGUUACCCACCCCCUUUUGAAGGUACAGGUGAAGUGAAGGAGGGCUUUCUCUGCCCACUGUGCCUGAAGGACCUGCAGUCUUUUUACCAACUGCAAGACCACUACGAAGAGGAGCACUCUGGGGAUGACCGCCAUGUUAGGGGACAGCUGAAAAGUUUGGUUCAGAAGGCGAUAAAAGCCAAAGAUAAGCUGUUGAAGAGGGAUGGAGAAGACAGACCGGACACGGGCAGUUAUGAGUCCUUCUACUAUGGUGGAGUGGACCCAUACAUGUGGGAGCCUCAGGAACUGGGUGCAACUAGAAGUCACCUGGACUUCUUUAAGAAACAGCGCGCAGCCAGGAUAGAUCACUAUGUCAUUGAGGUCAACAAGCUCAUCAUCAGACUGGAGAAGUUGACGUCUUUUGACAGGAUAAACUCGGAUGCCGCUAAAAUCAGAGCCAUUGAGAAGUCAGUAGUGUCAUGGGUGAACGAUUCAGAUGUCCCGUUCUGUCCUGAUUGUGGAAACAAGUUCAACAUCCGGAAUAGACGGCACCACUGCCGUCUCUGUGGGUCCAUCAUGUGUAGAAAGUGCAUGGAUUUUGUCCCCAUACCUUUAGCCCAAAAGCUCAUUAGUGGGACACGAGAGGCUUUGUGUGUACCUGGAAGCCCUGGUCAGUCCCAGUCACCCCCAACAGGAGGUGGCAGCAGCAGUGGCGGUGGGAUGGGCUCCAGGAGAGGCAGCAUCAGCAGCCUGAGCAGCGUCACUUCCAUGCUGGAGGAAAAGGACGACGAGAAGAUUCGCUGCUGUCACCACUGCAUGGAUACAUUGCUAAAGAGACAACAGAAGCUGGAGGAGAAAGACCACAUGCCUGACAUAGUGAAACUUUAUGAGAGGCUGAGGAUGUGCAUGGAGAAAGUGGAUGAAAAGGCUCCAGAAUACAUCAGAAUGGCCGAGUCUCUCAAUGCCGGAGAAACCUCAUACAGUCUAGACAAGGCUGGUGGACUGAGACUGGAAGUACAGAAAUACUACGAGCUAAUCGAUGCCCUAAGUAAGAGGAUUUUAACACUAGGAAUUAAAGAUGAUCCACCUCCACAUCCAAAGACACUCCAGCUGCAGAAGAUGGUCCGCUAUACAGCCACGCUGUUUGUCCAGGAGAAGCUGUUAGGUCUCAUGUCUUUACCAACUAAGGAAAAACAUGAAGAGCUGAAAGAAAAGAGGAAACAGGAACAAGAGAAGAGACUCCAACAAGAGAGACUGGCAUCCCAGGAGGCUUUGAAGAAGAGGCAGGAGACUGAGAGAAACCGUCCAUCUGCCAGCACCAACGGAGAGCUGCCGCAGGCUCCUAGAGCUCCACGCAUGACCAAAGCUGGUGGUUGGUUGCCCUCCUCAGACUCUACCAAUGUACGUAGCGAGCUGGAAGACCCCCUCCUGCAGCAGAUCGAGAACAUCCAGUCAUUCCUUCGUCAGGCGCGGGAAGCUCAGAGGGCAGAUGAGGUAGCGAUGCUGGAGGAGAACUUGCGUCAGCUGCAAGACGAAUACGACCAGCAACAGACCAGCCUGGCCAUCACUCUCUCCCAGAAGCUGGCUCGGGAGGAGAGUCUGCAGCAGGGAGAGCUCAGUCGCCUGGAAGCUCGGGAAAGAGAGGAGAGGGAGCACCAGGGCCCCGCUGUGAGCUCAAUUCAGCCUUCCUUCACCUGGGAGAGGUCUCUGGAUAUCGGCCCGGCAGACGGCUUUCAGGAAGAAGAAGACACAGCAGCAGAGGACUUGACUCCAAAAGCUGAGAGGAGCCCCUCAUCCGUUAGAGCAUUCCCUGCUCUCACAAGCCAAGAGGAGUCACCUCCAAGGUUGAGGAGCUUAGGGGGGCAUGUAACCCCCCCUGGUGGUGAAGGAAACAACAGCAGCCCCCUUAACCCUUUCGAUGAAGAAGACUCUACUCCUGUUGAGGAGGAUCCAUCUAAUCCCUUCUUUGAGGACAUCAAGAAGGAACACAAAGAAGUAACCAAUGGAAAGAAAGAAUACAACCCCUUUGAUGACGAUAAUGAAGAGGAAGCUGAGGGGGACAAGCAGGCUGAGACUGCACCUGCCAACCCCUUUGAGGAGGAGGAAGACACUGACACAGGCAAUCCUUUCAUGGAGGCCUGUGGGAAUUCACCAGGAGCCUCGACCAACCCCUUUGACGGGGAGGAUGAUGACGAGGUCUUGCCUGAUGUGGACCUGAUAGAGGAGGAAUUGCUGCUGCAGCAGAUUGACAACAUUAGGGCCUACAUUUUUGACGCUAAGCUCAGCGGCCGUCUCGAUGAAGUGGAGCUUCUGUCAGAGAACCUGAGAGAGCUACAGCACACUCUGCAGGAACAGAAGAAAAAGAAACACUGACACCAUUCCCUCAGAAUCCCUUCAUCACCUGCUACUUACCAAGUCCUGCAAGGUUAGCUCUGAGCACACUCAUUUUAGUUUGGGUGAGGCACCUAAACACAAAAGAUUAGGUUACUUCCAAAAUUAAAUAUGUACUAGGCCUCAGUAGUCUGGACUAACUCUCUUCCUUAAUUUCCUAACAUCUUUUUAAACCACUUAUGUUGUACAGGGUUGCAGGGACUGGAGCCAAUCCCAGCAUACACUGGAUGAAAGGCUGCAUAUAGCCCGGACAGGUUGAUUUUUAAGCACUGCAAGCAAAAGUUCAUUUGUACAGGCAUGUCACAGACAAUACUGACCCUGUUGCACAUUUAUACAAUGGAAGACCGAAGAAUGCCAUUUAUAAGACAGUUAGAUGUUUUUUUUCAGUUGAAUUCAGUUGUGGUCUUGUGGAAGUCAGAAGCUAUAAACGAUAUCAAAAUGUAACCAUGGCUUAGGUUAAACAAAUGGGAAACAUGGAGCAACUAAUGCAUGUUUAAAAAAACAACAAUGAAUUGAUUCACUUAUGAAUAUUGGGCUUGUCUUCUGACACAUUUUAUUCCUCUGUGCUGUAGACUUCUGUAGUUAGCCAAAAACUAUUUAAAAACACGUCAGUGAGUCACACUGCUGCACUGGGUUAGUUUGAGGGUGUUAGUUUGUUAGUUUUGAGCUUGACUAACUUGUUGUGCUACACAUCACAACCUCUAAACUUUAAACUACAUUCUACAUUGUAAAUAUCUUUAGUACAGAGUCUAGUAACGCUCUGUAAACUGAACAUGGUCAUUGUCAUCUGACUUUCACAGAACUGCUCUCCAGAGACUGAAAAUAUAAUUGCUGGUAUUUGUCUUUGGAGCCGUUUCUAAACAAACUAACCUAACCAGAACUCUUUGUGAUGAAGGAACAUGUCACCCCGUGCAACAGUGUGGCUCACUGAGGUGUUUUUAAUAGCAACAACCGAGGUCUACAUCACAGAGGAACGCUAUAUGUCAGGCUUUGUCUACACACAUCAUACUUGUAAUUAGGAUGAGUUCACUGUUUGACAAUGUGAAAAAUAUAGAACAUCACCAGUCAUAUCCUUUUAGGUGAAAAUGUCUUAUCAAAGAACUGUUAAAACUGGACUACGAUGUUUAAUGAGAAAUUAAAUUAUACCUUUACGACCAUAUUUGGGCUGCUUACUGUUUGAAGGAAAAUAAUCAUUAAAUAAAUUGAUAGACAUUAAUAAUUAAUCACUGGCUCAGCAUUUACCAUUUUAGUCAGACCACUUGCACCUCUUGUCAUUGCAGAGCCUGUGACCCUAUGUACCACUGAUUUGUGAGGGGAAAUUAAUUAAAGGCACAAUACACAGAAUUAAGCCAUUGUUGUUGCUCCUGCUACGUGACUGUCACUCAUACUGACUGUGUCUCCAUGAUGGCAUGAUCACAAGGAAAAAAUGUUUAUCUUUAAUCUAACUGUUUAUAACUACAGGUAAAUGUGUAACAUCCAUGACUUUAAUUGAAUAUGUGUUCUAACAGUGGUUGAUUUCAGUGAAGGUAGCUUUUUCUGUAAAUUCAAAUGAACAUCAUUGUUUGGAUGAUCUGGCAGAUUCAGUGCUUUUUUAAAUUGUAUUUUAAUUUUUUUGCAUCUUGUCUAUGUUAUUGUUGGUCUUGGCAUGGUUUGCAUUUUAGAUCUUUAUUGUAAAGAAAAACAAAAAACUAAUGCAUUUCAAAUGUGACAGUGAGCCAAGAGAACAAAAAUUCUAUCUUUCUGUGCAAUUCCUACAGGUUGUGAUCUUAUCGUUUACAGUGACACUACUGAUCCAACUGAGCACUUGGGUUGCAUAAUUUAUGUUUUGGCCUUUCUGUCGAGCUAGUAACCAACCUUGUCUUCCUGCUUUUUUUCUUAUACAUUUUGAACAUAUUGAUAACAUCUCUCAUGCUGUCAGCCAAGAUCUGUAUGUAAAGCAUGUUAUCUGUGCAGUGGUUUCAUCCAAGACAUCCAUCCAACCAGCUCACCCACUACGCACCUUGUACAUACUAAAUAUUUGCCAAGGCACUUUGUAGGCAACUUUAAGUCAACACUUAAGAAUUCACUCAAAUCCAUGAGUAUGCAGAAAUGAUCUUUAGCUCAAAACAUCAUUUUAAACACAAGAGUUAGAACAUUUUCCGUCAGACAUAUAUUACACUACAUGAAUGCCAGCAAGUAUUAUCACUGACAGUGCUGCUACGUCUGUCCCUACAUGGAUUUGUCAUUGUGCUUUCCUGUCCGUCAGAAUGUCCAUAUUUCUCUAUCGCUCUUCUUCUGCUUAGCUGUGAUGUCCACAGACCAUUUUAAGCAAAACAUGUAACACACUAAAAGUUUUUGUGACAGUGUGAACAACUUGAGGCAUUUCUUAAUGUGUUAGCAGUUGAUUUUAACAUUGGAAGUCAUUAGGGUUAACAUCUCUGCAUUUAAAAGAUCUGACACAAACAUCAGUUCAUUAACUUUAGAAAAUUUCUUCUCUGCACCAAUAAAAAAAAAAAGUUGU